AGCCGAGGAAACCCCGCGGUAGCAGCAGCGGAUCUCCGCUGUCACCCUCCGGUACCGGACUAUGACCCUCUCUAAAACCGGCCUGUUCGUUUGACCUCGGUAGGCUCUCCUGGAGCCCCGGCGUUCCGGCUGCUCGGACAGCGCGAGCCGAACACACCCGCCGGUUCCGGUGUGAUACGAGGGCAGCACACCGGCAUGACUUCCUCCGGUGUCAAACACAAACAUGUCCGUUUCGCCAGCAUGGAAGACCAAGAAGAAGACACCCUGUUCGACAAGAAGACGGACGCGGGUCUGGAGCUGAGGAGCGCCCUGAAAGCGACCGAGAGGACGGCCACACCGGGAGGCCCAGACCGGGUGAAAGUGGUCGGUGGACGGAGCGGAGAAGGCUCGUUUGGCCGCUGGGUGCUGACGCUGUCGCUGUGUGGGUCCUUCCUGGGUCUGGGCAUGAGCAUCUCCGUUCUGGGCCCAACGUUCAAGGAUCUGGCGGAGAAUGUGAACAAGGACAUCAGCAACAUCUCCUACAUCUUUGUUGGCCGCUCUGCCGGCUACAUCGGAGGAUCGCUCGUAGGAGGCGUUCUGUUUGACCGGAUGAGCCCCCACCUCCUUCUGGGGUUUUCAAUGCUGCUCACAUCCCUUGGGAUGUACGCCAUCCCUUUCUGUAGGCAGGCAGCUGUUCUGACUGCCUUCAUGUCCAGCAUCGGGAUGACCAUGGGAGUCCUGGAUACAGGUGGUAACGUGCUCAUCCUAAACACCUGGGGGGAGCACUCGGGACCCCACAUGCAGGCGCUUCACUUCAGCUAUGCUGCCGGGGCCUUCGCGUCACCCAUCAUAGCCAAGAUGCUGUUUGGUCACCACGGAAACUCGACCCACUCCGUGCACCCCAACACCAGCCACUCCUCCAGCACCUUCACCGUGACCGAGUCCAUGUGGGCCUACGUUGUGAUCAGCUCCUUCCUCUUCCUCUUCUCCUUGUUUUUCUUCGUCCUGCACUCCCGCAGCACCUCGCCACUGGACAAACCGCGUACAUCACCAGGAAGGCCCCUGGUGGCCAGACACCACGUAGCUCUCGUCGCCCUCCUCUUCCUCUUCUUCUUCGCCUACGUCGGGGCCGAGGUGGCCUACGGCUCCUUCAUCUUCACGUUUGCUACGGACUAUGCUGGGAUGUCUCAGGCCGAGGCGGCAGGACUAAACUCUGCGUUCUGGGGUGUGUUUGCUGCUGCCCGAGGUUUAGCCAUUUUCUUUGCGGCCUGUUUGCGCCCCGGCGCCCUGAUCCUCCUCUGCCUGGUCGGCUCCACGGUUUCCUCUCUCCUCCUCUGCCUCUUCAGCAGCCAGAAUGUGUCUCUGUGGGUUUGCACCAGCCUGUACGGGGCGUCCAUGGCCACCACCUUCCCCAGUGGCAUCUCCUGGCUGGAGCAGUACACCACGGUCACUGCCCACACGGCUGCAGUCUUCGUGGUGGGUGCAGCUCUGGGUGAGAUGGUGCUCCCUGCAAUCGUAGGCUUCCUGCUGGGGAAGUUCCCUCAUCAGCCCCUGCUGAUGUACCUGUCCCUCAUCACAGCCACCUUUACCUCCAUCCUCUUUCCUGUCAUGUACAAGCUGGCCUCAGCACCUGGCAGCCAGGGCUCGAAGCGGGCAGAUGCUGACGAUGGCGAUGGCGAGUACAGGCAGGCGCUGCUGUACUCGGGAGGGGACGAGGAAGAGGAGCUGAACUAGGCUGAUCAGUGGAGCGAUGUAGAUUUUGAGGUGAUUGAAAUUAAUUGCUGAUUCAACCCAAAAGGUGCCAUCUGUGGACACCGGCAGUGUACCGGGCUCUCCUGCCACCUCCGGUCUGCUGGUGGAGGCCGCUGGAGAGCCGGCGUCUCCACUCGAGGAUUCGCGCAGACGCAAAGCUCUGGCUGCUCUUAGGAGACAGAAAAAAGAUUAAAAACCCGGUGAACUGGUGUUCAGGGUGUCCGUCAUCAGCUGGUCAGGCAGGUGAGGUUCUGCUUGUGUGGUCACAGAGAGCACACCUACCUGUGCUAACAGGAAAUCCUGUGUGAGAUGGAUUUACUCAUCGAUCUGCCGAGUGACUGAUCUAUUUAUUGCUGCAGUUGUUUAUAAUUCCAGUCACUCAUCACUGAGACGGUUCAUCACCACAAGAGUUUAUUACACGUGAGAGCUCCGCCCACAGCCACCUCAUUAAAAACCGUGAAGAGUA